AUGUGGAACGACAACGUUUCAGAAUGGUGCCAAACUCUGGUUCAUCUCUACCUGGACGAGGCAAAAAUAUGCGUCACCAAGCACCCUUAUGUCGUGGGGUUACUCGUACCUGUCCUCGCGCUGCAACCAUUCCACUACCCCCGUCUCGUCUCUUUCCUCAACCGCGUCUUCGAGAUAUAUGUAUCUAUCCUGCUUGCUAUCCUGCUUCUGUACAUUGUGGUAUCUUUCCCUGGGUUCAUGGUAAUUGCAGUAGACCAUGCUCGCUCAUACUUAUAUGUGGCGAAGAUGUUCGUUAUGGAACAUCCCUACGGCACGGGGGUCAUCUUACCCGCCGUCCUGUUACAGCCAUUUCACUUCCCAGGUCUUGUUGCCUCACUGGAUCGCAUGCUUAACAUCUAUCUCUUCACCCUUGUCGUUACCUCGCUUCUCUACGUUGGAUUCUUUCUUCCUCGCUUGGUGAUGAUGAUCGGUGCCAUCGCUUGUACCUUUGCAUUCCUCAAUGCACCGGGCUAUUAUGUUUCUCAGACGUCGGUCCUCAGCCCUGGUACGAAGCAAGGUAUUAUCCAUCAACGCCGAGAGCAUUUGAAUAUCGAUGUCAGAGAUUAUAGUAAUCGCCUCGAAGUGUACGUCGCAUAUAUCACCGUGACUCCCUUUAUACGUCGCAAAGAGAUGCCGCGGGCUGGACUUGUGAGUCCAGUACUCAUUGACAAAGUGAUAUUCGUUGCGCUUGAUGAGGUGAAGCAACAUGCGUCUGAGCAUCCCUGGCGCUGGGGACUCUACGCGUUCGCCAUGUUGUUUUUAUUUCUUCGAGUCCCGCACCUGUUCAACUUCGUGGAUCGCACUUUCGAAAUACUUCGCUUCACCGUUUAUAUUACCAUCAUAGUCGACAUAGUUUUCUACUGCACUGGCUGGGCCGUUAUUCUUAGCGUCGUUUAUUCUGCCUUCGUCAUAUUCAUUCAGAAAAGAACAGUCAGUGACGUCGGGCCAAAUUUCAGGCCUAGAGAAGAACAGUCGUAUGUGAGAAAUUGGGCUGUCGCGAGAGUCAAGGAAGCGAGUGAUCACCUCACUGGACGCACAAAGUUCUUGUCAGCUCUUGCAAGGGAGGAUCCUUACUCAGAGAACGGUCGGCAACAAAGAAUCAUUCGAGGGCAAAUUGGUCCCAUGUCAACCCAGUAUUUGCCGCUGCGCGUCGGUGGACUCAGUUUAUUCUAUGCGGGAGGGUAUUCCAGCGAUGGUUCAGCACGCAUGGUGCUGAUAAUAUUACCGAACAAGUCUAAGACGUGGUCUUACAUUGCCGAAAGAGACGGAUACGCAAGUGAUGAGGGAGAGAGUGCAGUAGCAAAUCAGCCAGGGCAUAGGACUAGACUUAUCUUGAGAGCCGUUAUCAACGAAAGAAAUUACGUAGACUCGGUAGAGUGUGGUAUGGCCGAGAGAAGUUAUAUCUCUGCAUAUAUCAUCGGAGAUGGAUUCCUGCGGCAACGUGAAUCAGGACAGGCCGGCGUUGAGUAUGUAGAGGACGAGGACGAGCGGAAAGACGGGAACCGUAGCAUGAGGGAGAGGGAAAAGAGGCGUGCUAAUGAAAUCUUAUCUUAUCAUCCCGGGAUCACUCGCGUGGCUCAGCUCCGUGGACCUCCGCGCUCGCGCCCACCACAUCCGUCUUGCUUUGGUCUUGCUCGACGUUUGCUCCUUGCCUGA